AUGGCACAGCAGGGACAACCGCAAACCGUGCCACCAGUGGAACCAUGCUGGAGUUACCCGAUAUACCAAGCGUACCUGGCCCGGAUUGACCCGACUGCGCAGCCCUACGGCGACGUUGUCGAUCACUUCUAUUUUAAUUUUCUACGCCAACAGCAUUGGAAUGUCUAUUUGACCAACAUGCGUGAUCAACAAGCCCACCAUGUCAUUGCCGUCGAGGCUAGGUGGUUUCCCUCCGACACUUCGCCUGGUUGGGAGAACAACUACGACUGGACGGAUGUCUGGGAGACGCUCCGGGCCCAUAUGCUCUCCGAUUGGACCAUGCGGACGACAGUGCAAACCACGUACGGCAUCGUGGCAGUUGGCGACCGCGUUCGCUUUUACUACAUGUCUAGGAAUGAUCUUGAGGGUAGACUUCGUACCUGGAAUGGCCAUCCUGUGGAUGCCCCGGUGGCGGAUGAGUCGCCCAUGUUGAACAUUCAUAGCCUUGUUGACCAGGGAGUGAUUCAUCAGCUGAUGCUUCGUAUGCGUCAGGAUGUUCUCUCUGGGUGCAAUACCUACUAG